UCUUCCCUUCAAUGGACUCCACUACAGAAUCAACCGAUCCGAUGAGCUUCGAUGUGGACGAAUGGGACGAGAACUUCAUUAACGAAGUUUUUCAGGUCGAGCUCGGGUUAUGCUCCAAAAAUGCCGUCGUUAAUCCUAUCGCUCCUCCGCCUCCACCGAACCCUAGCUCCUCUUAUCUGCUGGAGCAAGAGGCAUUUGACCACUGGGAACUGCCCCCACCUUUUCGUUCGGAACGCGCGGGUUUGUCUUCUUCUGGGGUCCAUGCGGGUGGCAGCGAUAUAUGCUUCUCUCCGCCGCGGGAGUUAUCGCAGAGGUUUAAAGAAGUGUCUGAAGAUGCUCCGGUUGGGGAUGGUUGCGUGAUGGUUGAGAGUAGGAUUUCUAGGAAUGGCGGUUUCAGUCGCGCAGGUGGUGGCAGGAGAAAUAAAGAGCUGGAGCGGUUGAAGAAGGAGCUGGAGCAUCUCUCCAAGAAGUUCACUCACAUGGAACAAGAUUGCAUCACCCUUAAGAAAGAUAGAGAUCAGAAAAAUGAGCAGCUGAAAUGUGUUAUUUCACAACUUGAAGCUAAAGAUGCUGAGAUCUGCACUCUGAAGAGGGAAAACUUGGGCGCUUGUGAACAAAAUCAACCUCAUGCUUCCAUUUCUUUUGAAAACAAAAUAGUACCCAUCAAAUCUGGAACAUACAAUUCUAAAUUGAAAGUUCAUCAAGCAAAUGGAUCAGCAGUCUCUGAACUGAAGCGGCGUAUAAUGAUUGAUGAUCAAGCAACUACCUCCUGUGAAGCUCAGGAAUGUUCCUUUAUGGAGAAGAGCACUAAAACUAAGCAUAGUAAGAGUACAGGAAUCCAAACUGAUGUUGGUCAAGAUGCCAUUGAUAUUGUCCAACAGAAGAGAACGUUAAAUGAUCAAGGAAUUGUAAGCAACUUGCAUGCAAUCUGGGGCUUAUAUGACAAAAGAUCAGGAAGCAACCUGGUGUUGAAGCUUCUUAGAUCUUGUUCAGCGGAAUUUUUUACACUUUUCAGGUGCAUCAAAUUGUCUUCAAAAUGUAAUCUCGAUGGACUGGCAAAUGAAAGCUUUUCAGAGAUACCUUUGCAUGACAGUAUACAUUCUAUUCAUUCAAGUGAUUCUGCUAAAGCUUCUCGGUUUUAUCAAUUACUAAUGAAGAUGCGUCAUGAGAUUGUACCUUUGCAGGAUUUUAUUGAUGCAUUACUAGAGCUAUGCAACCUUGAUAACGCUGUCGCCCAUGUGUCUAUGCGCAUACUGCAUGCUACCUUGCAACAUUUAGUCUUUGAUUCUGGUUUUCAGUGUACUCUGCGCAGGAGCAAUGUCUUUGUGGGUAAAUCUAAUGAUGAAAGCUUUACAGGCGAAGGAGCCAUUGCACAGGAGAAUCAGGUUAUGAAAUUUCAUGAUCUUCAAAUGACUGAUAAUGCAAGUGAAGCUUCGCCUGUUUCUUCUAUGGGGAAUUUAUGCAUGGGUGACGAUCAGGCUUCUAACACCGCUAUGUUUUUGUCUUUUGGAAGUUUGCUUAAAAUCUUCGAAAUGAUGGAGAAAAUUGUUGUGAGGAAUGUUGAUGAGUAUAUUCGUCUUGAGGGGUUGUUGAUCAUGAGUUUAAUCAUGAUGGAGUGCAAACCUAACAUAGAUAGGGAGAAGUUUGGGUCAGUACAUUUAUUGCAAACUUUGUCAACUCUAAUGAGCACGGAAGCUGGGGUGCAUGUAAGGAAACAAGCAGUGCGUCUUAUGUUUUUGCUGUUGAAUAGCCCAAAGAUGCUGGUGAUGCUUUGUAGUGGACAAGCAGAUUGUGCUGACCAUGCAAAAGCUGAUGAUACCCAUAAGUCUACUACAACAUGGAAAGGAGCAAUUAAAUCUAUGCUUGAAAAUAUCGCAGAGUGCUUAAACUUUAACAAAAGCUGUGCUGAGGAGCUCAAAUUUCGGAGGCGAGUGAUAAUUUUGUUGGCAUUUAUAGCAUCAUCUGGGAAACCUGGCUUUGAAGUUCUUUUACGUUCAGUAACCCCUCAGCAAAUCAAUUUCCUGGAGCUGAUCAUACAAUUAUUAGCAUACGAGAUGGAUGCUGAAAUACCAAAUAAUUGUGCUACCCAGGACUUGUGUAAGGAAAGGAUAUCUCUUAUUAGAGAAGCUCUGAUUCUACUAAAUCGUUUAGCAUCGCAUCCUUCCUAUGCUGAGAGCACGCUGCGAGUGUUAACUGGCAAUAAGGCAACCGCAAGUUUGACCAUUGAGGUUGCUAAUAGGCUGUCGAGGAGAAUCCAAGCUUACUUGAAGCAUUAUGGGGCUAAGAAAACACAGGUUUUGGUUGAGAUCAAUGAUCUUGCACGGUUAUUUCGGGUGAGAGUAUUUACCUUCCUUGGAGUUCCCAUUUCUUGAUCUCUCUCUCUACAUGGUUAGAAAAUCUUUUUUCUUGGAAAAUUUUGGUGAUUUUGUUUUGUGUAAUCAUAGUUCGGCUAUAUUGUAUAUAAUAUUUUGCUUAUAUCUGAGGUUGCAAAUUCUGUAUAUGAUAAGCAAAUUCUAUUGAUACUGUAGGUUUUGGUAGUUUUCAAACUUCUUUUUGACUUUUAAGGAAAUCUGUCAAAUUGUCUCUCUUUACAUUGAUAAUGGCUUUAUUAUUA